AUGGCUGACCAAUCUACCACUGACCUGAAAUAUGGUCACUUUGGUCAAAUCAUUUACAACCCUGACGAUCAAGUCUGGCUAUUUCCCAGGAUCCUCGAAUCUUCGCCCACAUUACUGCCCCUCGGCACAUCGCAGCUCGUCUUCAAAUCGCAGCAUUCCCAAGCCCGAGUAGAUCCUGUCACCACAGAGAAACCGAGCGUUCACCUCAAUCGUCAGCUUUCUGAGCUCCUCCGUUUCGAUCCUACCACUGCUCCGAGCGCCCAUAUCCUUGCUGAGCCUGCUGUUGCAUCGCAAGAGAUUCAGAAGACUGUACUUCGCCAUGAUCCCACCACUGGCCAUCUGUUGGCUUUUGGUCGAGUACCCGAUCAUACUAUAAAGCGCUCCACACCAAUCGUUGCCUUCCCUGCUGCAGAUCAUGCCCACAUCCUGCGCCUUGUGCAGAUUCAGCCUCAGAAACACGGCUGGGAACGCAAUAAAUCUAUUUGGAUUGAUGUACCGAGGCUUUCUGGUGAGUCCGGCACCUGGCAUGCUCCCCAUCCAAUCCGUCAGAUCUGUUUUGCAGACACCGACGAGGACUCGAAUCUUGCCCGCACUCUGGCUGUUCGCACCACCAUCGCCGUUCAUGUCCUGCGAAUUGCUGCGAGAAAACAUGCCUCAUCAUGGAAUUCUCUCGCUGGUACGCCGUCUCGCUUCCACACAGAACAAUUGUGCACUCUGAGCCUGAAUCUAUUUGGAGGUCUAGCCCCCGCUCAUGUGGCCUUCAACCAUUGGUACCCUAAGCAAUUCGUCACUGUCGACCAAUAUGGUACCUGGCAUGUCUGGGACUCGAGUCUGAGACAGAUUCCUUCUGAGCAUGGCAAGCCAAUCGAGCUCUGCCGCGGCGCUACCAAUGACCAAGUCAUACCCGAUCAUGAAACAACUGCUAGUUUAUUGGACGACGGCUGGGGCAGAGCGAUGUGGGCUGGCAACGUGCAGACUAUUGUCACUGCUAGCAGGAGAUGCUUGGGCAUAUAUGACAUCCAAGGAAAACCUGUCAGACUCCAGUCUCCCAAUCUCGGCCUUGAUGGGACUCCGCACUGGAUCCUCGAUAUCAUGCUAAAUCCCCUGGACCCAACUCUUAUAUUCGUUUUGACCUCAACUUCCUUGUUCUGCUUACGUGUGCGUUGUCUGGACGAGUUUAAUCCAGAGAGUUAUGACACUGCUGGUGCCGAGGUAGUAUUACAAUGUAGGCACUUCAGAGACUCGGAGGAUACGGGGCUUGGUCUCUCUAACUUUGUUGAUGAUAUGGAUGUCGUUGUGUUGAUAAAAUCUUCAUUGAGCCCACUCGCAACGAGUCAUCGCUUUACGGCAGACGAGUCUUCUCCUCAAUUCUUGAGGAUCGCCGAUGCCACUCAACUUGUUCUGCCAGAACUCCCUUCUACUGCGACUGCUUCACCUGCAGCCCUGACUUUCCAGAUUCAGCCUGUUCAGUAUGGAGAGAGUGGCCACCACGAACAACCAUCCGGCCCUGGAAAGACUUAUCAAGAUUCUUUUGUGAGAUUUUUUGUUACGACCGCUAUCACAAGCGAUAUGGCCGUUGUGCAGAAGCUAUAUUAUGCGUUUCCAAGCACAGUUGACGGGUCGUCACUGCCGAAAGUCUUGCACCCCGAUUGGCACGGAAGACUUAUACACAGUCGCCCACGACUACAAGAGACUGGUUUUAUUGAAAAAUCGAAAGUCAUUCAAGGGCUAACGAAUACUAGAGAAGAGCAAGAUGAAACGGUGUCUUCCCAUCCUGAUACCCUGAAGUCAACAAAAGACAACUGGACUAUGGUAUACGAGCUUGCCCAUGCUCGAACAACUAGCGCAGCUUCACAAACAGAAGAAUUCUCGCGUGCGCUCGCACGUGUGAAUCGAGCACUCGAGGCUUCUGAGGCUUUUGAGAAUGGCCAUACACUCUUGUCGGAAAUUUGCGAUAACCAAACCUUAAUACCUGACAUAGAUCAAGCUGCUACAGAGUUCAGCAAUUUGGUUUCUUCUAGGUCGCAGCAUGAUGAAGACAUGCAAGGGGUUGACCAGAAAUUACAGCUUGCGCGCAUUAGCAGCAACUCUGCCCUAAAUCUUGGUCUCAACAGCGAUCCGGAUCUAACAGCCGUCUACGAUACCAUCAUAGCGCAUUGGCUGACCCCACUAUCUCAGACGGUGCCUGGAAGGGUGCGACUUGUUAAGGAACAAUUAGCGCGAAGAAUUGCUGCUGAGAUAUGUCUCGCAAGCCAUGUUAUCAGACAGACACCAGUGAGGCCAAGUGAAGAGGAGACAGCAGCAGAGACGCAGGCUACAGAGGAUGAUUUUUCUUCGCAAACGAACUUUCCUCAAUCGUCUCUCCCAACACCGUCACCAACAGCCACACCGUCGUUGACUACUGUCACCUCCUUGUCUAGUCACCCAUCGACCUUGGUGUCUUCUGAAUUUGCACGCCUCAGACGGUACACCACUUUCUCAUCGGAAAAGCCUACUCCUGCACCCCUACCCAAGGGUCUUACUAAUACGCUCGCGCAUUGGACUCUUGACGGUAAUCCCGAUGACUAUGAUUGGCUUGCCGUUCAGCGAGAACAGGAGAAGAAGGCCGAGGAAGAGGAUGAGGACCUGACACCGAAAGAGCGAGCGAGGUUGAAGCGCCGUGCCGAGAGAAUGUUGCUGAAGCAGAGGCGCGAAUCGCAGAAAGCAUCUGCUAUGGACUUUGCAAGUAGCCAAGUUCCUGGCAUCGUAAGCGCGAGUCAGCCUGCAUUCGCGACUCCUUCUAGAAGCGAAGCACCGAAGGUUCCUCAGUCUGCCAGAGCAGCAAGUCAGGGCACCCAGCUGCUAGCCAGCUCCCAAGCUCAGCCAAACAUGUUCACAAGCCAAGUGCAGCCUGGGCGUUUUGGUGGAAAACCGGCAAAGAAAAAGCGCAAGGUUGGGUUUUAG